AUGAUCCCUCGCAAGUCAUCUAUGUCUAAGAAAACUAUUGGUCAGCCUAAAUUCAUCUUAAAAGAUGACAAUACUUUAGAUUCAUCAUAUUUGGAGAUGUAUUAAUAAAAUAAAAAUCAUAAUCCUGGUCAAAGGCUACAAUAAAUACUUCAAAAAUAAAUAAAUCACUCAUAAAAGAAUAAAUCAGUAGAAGAAGAUAGAUUAACAAGAUAAUAAUUUAUUAAUAGAAGCUAAUAAGUAGUACGAUAAGAUUUGGGAUCAUACACUCCUUAAAAUAUUUCCUAUGACGAUGUCGAUUAAAGAGAAGAGAAUAAAUAGUUAAAAUAAUAAAUAAGAAAAUUACAAUUAGAAUUACAAUAGAGUAAACAUUAAAAUUAGUUACUGAUUCAAGAUUUCGAAUAAUUAAGAGAUCAAUUAGAAAAAUAAUCAGAAGAAUUUAAUCAGGCCUUUGAAUUGAUAAAUGAAGAAAAAUAAUUAAUCUAAUAAGAAAUAGACUAAAAAGAUUAAAUAAUUGCUUAAUUAAGAUUACAAGUGGCUCCUCCGAGUAAAACAUAAAUGCAAAUAGAUGAAAUCAAAAACAGAAUCUUAGCUCGCAAAUCUGUUCAUCGAAGUUCAAGGGAAAAUAUCACUCAGUUAAUGAAUGAUAUUGAUCAAUCUGCUAGAUAAGAUUUUAAAGAAAAUUUUAUGGAUUACAAUAAUCGAAUAACACUCUAGAAAUCGAUUAAAUGA